GGAAUGUCAUCAGCCCCAUCAGUGGAGGAAGAGGAGGAAGAGGAGGAGGAGGAAGAGGAAGAGGAGGAGGAGGAAGAGGAAGAGGAGGAGGAGGAGGAGGAGGAGGAGGAGGAGGAGGAGGAGGAGGAGGAGGAGGAGGAGGAGGAGGAGGAGGAGGAGGAGGAGGAGGAGGAGGAGGAGGAGGAGGAGGAGGAGGAGGAGGAAGCGGGGGGCGGUAUCCUCAAGGCGGAAGGGAAUCUCCAGUCGAUGAGGUUCGGCUCGAAGGCGAAUGGGAGGCAGCGGUGGCGGAUCAGGAGGGCGCGGCCGUCCAAUAGCGCGACGACAAAUGUCGAAGCGAGGCCGAGGAGAGUGUCCCCCAGACCCCCACAGCCGUGAAACCACUCGUAGGUGAGGAAACGC